AUGAAAGAUGGUUAUGGUGUUUAAAAAUGGGCAAACGGCUCAAUAUAUACAGGAUAUUGGAAAGAAAAUAAAAGUUAAGGCUAAGGAAAGCUUAUCCAUGCUUCUGGAGAUAUAUAUGAUGGGGAAUGGCUCAAUGAUAAAGCGAACGGGUCUGGUAUUUAUUAUCAUGUAAAUGGGGCAAAGUAUGAAGGCGAAUGGAAAGAUGAUAAAUAACAUGGUUAUGGAGUAGAAAUUUGGCCUGACGGGGCUAGAUAUGAAGGUAAUUACAUAAAUGGAUUAAAAGAAGGUAAAGGGCAAUUAGUUUUUUCAGAUAAAAGUUAGUAUAAUGGAGAAUUUAAGAAUAAUAUUAUUGAAGGCUAUGGAAUUUAUAAAUGGUCUGACGGAAGAUAAUAUGAAGGAUAAUGGUAAUAAAAUAAAAUGCAUGGUUAAGGAAAAAUUAUUUGGAAGGAUGGAAAAAGCUACGAAGGUGGAUAUUAAGAUGACAAAAAACAUGGAGAAGGAAUAUUUACUUGGAGUUGUGGAAAAAAAUAUAUAGGAAGUUGGAAAUAAGGGAAAUAACAUGGAUUAGGAAUAUAGAUAUCUAAAGACUAAGAAAAAAAAGCUGGAAUUUGGGAAAACGGAAAAAGAAUCAAGUGGCUCGAAGAAUCAGAAAUUUAAUAAUAUAAGGCCGAAGGAAAAUUAAGUUACUAUUAAGAUUGA